CCUUAUCACGUGUCUACCCAUUUAUAAAAAACCCUCCAUUAAUCUCUCGCUCCUUAUCUCUCUUUCUCUCUCUCUCUGCCCUGAAAUACAUAUACGAAUAUACAUACGCUCGCAUACUGCAUCCAUAUGUACAUGUAGAUCGUGGAGAGAGAGAGAGAGGGGGAUGGAUAUCAGGCGGAAGAUGUAUUGGCAGAGAUGGAAAGGAUACAAGAGGCUCGACGGGUCGUCGGAAACGGGUCGGGUUAAGGUGAAACGGGUCAAGAUGGAUCCGUAUUCGACCCGGAAGAGGAGAUUCUGGAGGAUAAAGAUAGUGCCAAAGCUUAGAAUCUUGAAAACGGCGUCGCCUAAGAGGCUUCUCGUCUGGCUCCGAGACGCCUACGUCAAGAUGAUGCUGCGGCUUGCGAACUCUCGGGUCAUCGGAGCAUCCGGCCACGUCGGAUCCGGGUUCGGGUCGGGGCCCGUCCUGAAGGAGUACGACGAGAAGAUGCUGGUGGAGAUUUACAAGUCGAUAUUGAUGGCACAGGGGAAUCUGAUGCACCGCGACACACCCAAGCUCGCCUCCGAUCUGGUCCGACCCGUCGUUAGGUAACGAAAUUGUUACCGCUGUUUACUGCCUCUGUCUCUUUUUACUUCUUACUGCUGGGAUUUAUUAUUCGAGGCGAUUAAUGACGUCCAGAGCGGCAUCUAUGUCCCCCGACCGUCAUCGCUGACAUCGCCCAAAUAAUUAAUUCUCCCACCCUUUAUAUUAUUACUUUUGAAUUUUAAAUUUUGCUCUUGUAUUAAAUCUCGAAUUUUAUGUUGGAAUUUCUUAUAUAUGAUCGCAUUCUAAAAGACGUUAUAAGAUAAUUCAAAAGCCUUACUUUGUAACAAUUUUCUAGCACAUAUGUCUAUUAAAGCAUGUAUUGUGACAACAA